AUGCGGGACGUCGAACAUCACGCACAGAUGCGUUUUGCUAUUACGUCGUUGUUUAUAAAUAAAGCUGGGCAGUCGAAAUUUAUUUAUCCUAUCUACCCGUCUAAAGUACGGCCGGUGCAUCUUUGCCAUACUUAUGAUGUUCUGUCGGUUGUUUAUCUCUUGGGAUGGGGCAUCUUUGAAAAUCCGUUAUUUAUCGUAGUUCAAAUAUUUAUACUCGUUCUCCAUGCAGUUCUGACAGUUUUUAACACCUAUUUCUUCAUCAAGGAAUUCUCCUCGGAGUUUCUAAUUCACUACGUUUCAGCGUACUUGGCUCUUGUCGCCGUGACUAUAAACUUUGCGACUCUACUAUGGAAAAGAUCCGCUGUGAGAGAAUUCAUCGAAGUUUCUCUACCUUUCGUAGUCGGUUUCCGUAACGCUGCAUCAAAGUCAAAAGAUCGCAUUUUGAGAGAAUCAAAACUUGCGAAUAAAUUUGUUAAAGUUCAUCUGGUGCUUGUUUUGAUAACCGGAGCCGUUCUUAUUCCUGUGGGUAAAGAAAGAAACCUGCAAUUCGCUGUCCUACUCUUCGAGAAUUACUACCCCUUAUACGUCGUAGAAGGAAUCAUUAUGUACUUUGUUUUGCACACAAAAUUUCAAAUUUAUAUAUUGCUGGAUUAUAUCCAAGAGAUAGUCGACGAUUACGAGGAUAAAGACGACACUGAAUUACUCGAGUUAAAGGAGUAUCAAGCCGUCGUAAAAGAGAGACUAAAGGAGAUGGUCGUGAAGAUCAACAUGCUGAUAAAAAUGGUAAACUUCGGUAGUGAUUUGACAAAACACUUCAUACCACCAAUGGCCACAUCGGGAGUUCUAAUGGGACUAAGUGCUAUGAGUUUUGUGUAUCUGGGCGAGUUUUUCGGUUACUGGUGUUACUUCCAAAAUAUUAUGUGGUGCUUUACAGCUAUUAGCGGUCUAAUUAUGUACGUUUAUUUUGGUCAGCAAUUAGAAAACGAAACUGAAUCAAUUUGCGACGCAGUCUAUGGUAUUCGCUGGCUGUCAUUUAAUACGAGUAAUAGGAAAACAAUUCUGAUAACGCUGAUUAAUGUUCAAAAUCCUCUAAAGCUGAAAUUUACUGGUGGUAUUGCUUGCAAUUACGAAUUAGGCAUGAAGAUUUACAGGAAUCUGUAUUCCUUUGCCGCCGUCAUGGCGCGAUUAGGUGAAGUUAAUCAGAUGAAAUAG